GUCCUGGGUACGACGACUUCAACAUGGCGGCAGGGGCAGGUAUUUUUUCCAUUUCUUAAUGUUUUUAACCCUGUUUCCGUUUUCCGUUCCUCCAUGAUCGAGCCAGCCCAACGGCAAGGAAAAAAACAAAACGCUCGAACUCACAUUUUACGUUAGUUUUAGGUAUAUAUUAUUAACUAGUUGUAGCUUUCGCUAAGUGCCAACGAUACAUUUUAGUCCCAAUGUUUAUAAAAUCAUUUUACCUGCUGAGGCGAGAAUUUCGACUACAAUCACUCCUCGUUCCUACAUUUCUGCCAUGAUCUUGGUCUUAAACUCGCUCUUAUUCUUCUGCUUAGACAUUUUUGAACCUUAAACUUGUCGGGUUUCAAACAGCGAAAGGGAAAUAACAUUUAUAGUUUAGUGCGAACAUGAAAUAGCAAGUUGUAGUUCGUACAAGUACAGUAGUGUGGCAGAGAACAAUGUCCGAACUUUGAAGAUUCGUUUGUUUUCAACAAAGGACAUCAAAAGUCAAGUGAAACUACAUGUGAAAUCUAACGCCACUAAAAUCCCCAGGGAAUCUACUCCUACUUUUCACAGCACGAUCGAGAAUUCAUUAAGCUGGCCGCCUCGCAAGCCGACCGUAUUCACUCGGCUUGCUCGUUGGCAAUUAAUCUUGGGGUACAGUUGCAAGAGGCGCAACGCCGUGUGCGAUUGCAGACUGGAAGACUGUAGUAACAUGCCCUCAAAACUAUCCUUGUCCCUAAAUUUCAAGUCUUCUCAAAAUCUUGGGACAGCAGUUUUUAAAGCUUCCGUUCAAUCUAGGCUGACUCUUCUCAUGCAAUUUUCGUCAUCACUCUGAUCGAGUACACCUGAGGAGGCGGUAUCCAAGAUAAUCACUUGAGGUGGUCCCCCACCGCCCCACUUGUAGUGUAACGUCUGCAAUGUUGAAUUUAAAUGUACAUACAUUCAUCUGCAUUACUAACGAUGAUGAUGAUUAAAUUGCAGGUGCUAUAUUUGUAACAUUGGCAAUAUUUUCUGGGCGCCGAGAUCCAGAAUGGUCAAUUUCUUCCAGCCAUCUAAAAUAUGCAGAAAUUAAGCAACUUUUGGAUAAUGCCAGAACUGCUGGCUUCACCUAUGACCCUAUCCGAAUGCCACCACGACUCGGGUACAAGGGAUUUGUAGUGAAGGCCUCAAACAUAAAUAAAAGGGAAUUAAUUGUGGGUCCUAACACAGUGAAACUGCAGCAAUUACUGCUGGAGACGGCACCAGGUGACGUGCUGCCCCAAGGACUCAAAGAUGAAGUUUUGGCUGAAAUCAAUUCAGGAAAUGUCAGGCCAGGAGAUCCUUAACUUGAGGAUAUUCAUUUAGUGAAUGGGUUCAGAUAGAACAAUACCACUGGGUCACUUAUCUAUUACAACUCAUUUGCAGAUCAUCACUUUUUCAAUAAUUCAUAGAACCUUUAUUGCAAUAGUUUAAAAUACAGUAAAGUCAAUGUUAUAGUAAGUUUAAAGUAGAAACCGUUGCAAUAACAGAAAUAGCUAAAAAAUAUAGAUAUUGUUAAUUGAUUUUUUUUUAUGAAGGAGAACAAGAACAUCAAUUAGUACGUAACUGCAUAUUAAAUAAAGUUAAGACAAAAUGUCUGUUGUGAGACAAUGUCAUGUCUGCAUAGGUUCUCCAGGGUCUGUAGGCUAACUUGCUGAGGAAACUAGUGGCAAACUUUGAGCCACUAGUUUAAGCUAAGUUAUAGGUACAAAAUGCUUCAAUAUGAACUAUAGACUACCUUCAAAGAGUAACUCAUAAAGGAUGUAGAAAAAUUUGGGUUACUUUACUUUAAACUUAAAAUUUAGCUGAACUCCAACUUUGCAACUGUCUGUUCUUAAAACUAAUGCAUAGCUUUUUUGUUAGGCAUUAUUAUUGCUAUUAAAAUUUGGUAUCUUAAAAACUUAAUUUAUUUGCAAUGUAAAAUCAAACUCCUUGCAUUAUAUUACUCUUUAAUUCUGGAUAGAAAUCUAGCUGUGAUCUUGGAGAGAUGCAAGCCCAUUAGAGAGCAAUA